GACCGGCGUGCACGCUCACCACUCGGUCCAAAUAUGGGCUUCCCUCGCGUCAUAUUCGGGAGCAUACGUCACGCAGGAGUGUCUAUAAAAGUCGAGCUUCAUUCACAGAGUGUCACAACAUGACACGUUCACUGGCCGCUGGGAUUCCGCAGCUCCGCGUCCUGCACUAAACAUCCAGCGCUUCUCCAGCGGGACCCGGAGCCUCCAGCCGAGCCCCCCCCCCCCGAGACCCCCGAGACCCCCGGCCCGACCCGGUCCUCCAGGAGCAGAGAUGGCAGCGACCCGAGCGGAGCUGCCUCGCACCUCCUCCUCCUCCUCCUCCUCCUACAUGCACAGCGCCGAGCCGCUGGAGGAGCUGCACGCACUGCUGAGGGAGGCAGCCGGGGAGUACGGAGAUUCUCUGCUGGACUUCCCGGACUUCCCCCCCAUCACCCCCCGCGCCCCCCCUCUGGCCUACACUGGUCGUUUCACCUUCGAACCCUCCGGCGGUGGCAGUGCCCUGUGGGCGGAGCCUCUGCUCAGCCUGUUCACGGGGUUGGUCAGCAUGGCAGCUCCUCCCCCUUCAUCGUCAGUGACAUCAUCAGUGACAUCACCAGUGACAUCAUCCUCCUGGUCCCAGCAGAGCUUCAGCUGUGUCUCCGCUGACGUGGCGUCGGUCUUCUCCACGCCGCCGUACUCCUCUCCCGCCGUCGCCGACCUCCUCCCCCCCCCCACUGACUCUCAGCAGAGCCCCCAGAGCUUCCGGCCACAUGGCCCCCCCCCUGCCUACCCCGCCUCCAGGCCGGAGCCGCCCCCCCUGGCGGUGCAGGUGCAGGACGCCGGUCUGACCCGGGACCAGAAGCUCACGCCGCUGUCCACCAUCACAGCCUUCAGCUCGCAGAUCCAGACCCAACCUCGUGGCUCCGCCCACCAGCUCCCCAAGUCAGGUCGAACCAGGAAGUCCCCUGUGGGCAGGCAGUGCAAGACUCCGCCCCACGAGCGCCCGUACGCCUGCCCGGCCGCCGGCUGCGAGCGCCGCUUCUCCCGCUCCGACGAGCUGACGCGUCACGUGCGCGUGCACACGGGUCAGAAGCCGUUCCAGUGCCGCAUCUGCAUGCGCAGCUUCAGCCGCAGCGACCACCUGACCACGCACAUCCGCACGCACACGGGAGAGAAGCCGUUCGGCUGCAGCGAGUGCGGACGCAGGUUCGCCCGCAGCGACGAGCGCAAGCGGCACGCCAAGGUCCACCAGAGGCAGCACGAGCGCAAGAGUGACAGGAGCUCCGCCUCCUCUGCCGCCCUGCCCGUCACCACACCACCCGCCUACUCCUCCCCUCACUCCUCCUUCACCUCCUCCCCUCACUCCUCCUUCACCUCCUCCCCUCACUCCUCCUUCACCUCCUCCCCUCACAGCUCCUCCCCUCACAGCUCCUCCCAUUACAGCUCCUCCCCUCACAGCUCCUCCCCUCACUCCUCCUUCACCUCCUCCCCUCACAGCUCCUCCCCUCACUCCUCCUUCACCUCCUCGCCCUGCUCCCCCUCCCUCUCCAACUCGCUCUUCACCUCCUCGCCCUGCUCCCCCUCCCUCUCCAACUCGCUCUUCCCCUCCUCCCUCUGCUUCCCCUCCCCCUCCCCCCCCCACCUGUACGCCUCCUCCUGCUCCUCGCCGACAGCGAGUCCUCGGGCGGAGCUCCCCUCCCCCCACAGCUCCGUCCUCUGCUGACACACCGGAAGUCCGCCGUGACCUUUGACCUCAGACUGAACCUUUAACAUGAACAGCACAUUUCACAUAAAAACUUUAUUUUUGUGUUUGUCCAGUGUUGACGAGGUCAAAGGUCGAAGGUCGUGUGCAGCAGAGUCUGAACCGAACUUUAAUCUUCAGCACAAAAGACUCUGGAGCAGGAAGUAGAGACUUGUGUCUCUGUGAUUGUGUUUGUAAAUGAAGUUUCCACGUUGUGUUGUUUCAUGAGCACAAGUCGUUCCUACUGAGUAGGUCAGAAGGUCAAUAGGUCAGUAGGUCAGUGUUAUAUACUGAACAUGUUUCUACUGUUUCUACGAGAAUAAAACGUCUGAAUCA